AGAAGAAGAAGAAGAAGAAGAAGAAGAAAGAAGAAAAAAAAAGCUGUCCAACCCCUUCAGAAGAUUUCCUGUUUCAUGAAAAGUGCAUAUAGGGCAAGUCCUGCCUGCUGUGUUUACUCUGCGUCUUCUACUCGGAGCUGUGAAGGCGUUUUCUUUUUUUCUUUUUUUUUGGGAGAAGAGAGAAGAGAGAAGGCGGGGGGGGGGAGCAACAGGCGGACAGAGCGAAGUCCGCAACCGGUGUCUGGAUACGUUAACCCCCCGGUCUGUCUUGUCUUUUUCGGUAAAUUUAAUGAGAAAGAGAGGAGUUUACAGGCCGUUUCUCAAUGGAGCUACUUCGGUUUUCCGCUUUCUGGUGUGGAACGAUACUCUUUGGUAGUAUCGUGCUCGAGGAGGCGGAGGCCUACAUAAUGAAGCCAAAAAGACUGUGCAAGUUCUGUGAUGUGCGGGCAACCAGCUGCAUGGGUAAAGGGAGCUGCAUGGUGGAGUGUGAAAUCACGUCCAUCUGCCCCGACAAACACGAUGUGUGCGUCAGUAUCUGGAGGAAGAAGGAUGACAACAUCACCUUUGAUACAGUCUGCCAUAACCCAGCUCAGAGGCUGUAUGGCUUGGUCCUGGACGAUUACAACAACAGCAAGUGUGAAAUGAAAGAGAGAAAGGGCAUGGGCUCACAGUUCUUCAUCUGCUCCUGCUCCGAGGACGAGUGCAACGAGAACAUCUUCUUCAACACCUACAUGGACUCCCAGGUGGUGGCGGUCAUCUUAGUGAGCCUGGUGCCUCUGCUGGUUAUGGCCGUCGUCGUCAUCACUUCCUUCUACUGUUAUCGGGUCUACCGCCAGCGGCAAGCCAGCUCAAGACGCAAGAGGGGCCCUCCGCUGGACUUCAGCGACGCUCACGCCAUAAUGAUAGACGACGAAGGUUCAGACAGUAGCUCCACGCACGCCAACAACCUCAACCACAACACAGAGCUGCUGCCCAUUGAGCUGGAUGUUCUGGUCGGAAAGGGACGCUUUGCAGAAGUCUACAAAGCCAAGCUGAAGCAGGGCUCCUCAGUCAGCGAGGAGCAGGGCUUUGAGACAGUGGCCAUUAAGAUCUUCACGUACGAGGAGUACGCCUCUUGGAAGAAUGAGAAGGAAAUCUUCUCAGACGCAGACUUGAGGCAUGAAAAUGUGCUCCACUUCCUGACAGCAGAGGAGAGGAAGGUGCAAAGACAGUACUGGUUGAUCACAGCCUACCAUCCAAGAGGGAACCUCCAAGAGUACUUGAUUCACCACAUUGUGAGCUGGCAUGACCUGUGGAUGCUUGGGGGAUCGCUAUCACGAGGGGUGGCACACCUUCACAGUGAUCACACCACCUGUGGUCGCUACAAGGUGCCCAUCGCGCACAGGGACAUUAAGAGCUCCAACAUACUGGUGAAAAACGACCUGACCUGCGUCCUGUGUGACUUUGGCCUCGCCCUCCGCCUGGACAACAGUCUGUCUGUGGAUGAGCUGGCCAACAGUGGGCAGGUGGGCACAGCCAGGUACAUGGCCCCAGAGGUGCUGGAGUCCAGAAUCAACCUAGAAAACAUUGAGUCCUUCAAACAGGCUGAUGUUUACUCCAUGGCUCUCGUACUGUGGGAGAUCAUCUCCAGGUGUGACGCCAUUGGAGAGGUGAAAGAGUACGAGCCACCUUUCGGGAACCUGAGAGAAAAUCCAUGCGUGGAGAGCAUGAAGGACAGCGUUCUCCGAGACAGAGGAAGACCUGAGAUCCCCAACAGCUGGAUCAACCACACAGGCAUCCAGCUGGUGUGCGGCUCCAUAGACGAGUGCUGGGACCACGAUCCAGAAGCCCGUCUGACAGCCCAGUGUGUUGCCGAGCGCUUCGCCGACAUGGAGUACCUGGACAAGCUGUCAGAGCGCUCUGACUCAGAGGAGAAGAUCCCUGAAGAAAUCAUUGUGGUGGAUGAGAAGUAGAGCUGAUCUGAAACACUGCCCCCAGCUAGGGCGGCUGCGGAAUUACAGCCGAGCAGCUGAAGAAAAUACCAGUGGAUGGAUUGUUUGCUGUUUGAUCAUCAGAAAUGCAUGAUGGAGGAGCAAACCAGGGAAAGAUGAAACAGGACUGUUACCAGAGAUGGACUUCAGAUCAGAACCAACUUAAACAGCAGCGACCGACUUGAUUUGUUUUCUUCUACAUGCUUCAAGGACUGGGUCAAGUCGUGAACAAACAGGGAAAUUGCAUUGUAAAGCUUUUUAAACACUAUUUGCACUUUACCAAUAAUCUAUGCACACCAAAUGAUAUAUAUUCAGUGCCUUUUUAUUUGUUCUGACCAUCGGGACAUAAUGUAUUUGGAAAAGGGAGCAAUGUAAAAUAUUAAGACAAUUAAUAACACUAAUAUCCCCCUUAAAUUGACGCUUGGCAGAUACUGCUACACUUGACCAAAGCAACUUACAGUAAUUCAUAAAUGUAUACACGUGGUGAUGGUGGUGGCUGCCAUGCAAGGUGCAGACCAGCACAUCAGGAGCAUUUUGGGGUUCAGCAUCUUGCCCAAGGACACAACAUGCAAACCAGGGGAAUUGAACCAGCAACCAUCUGACAACAAGACGCUGGCCCCGAGCCACAGCUGCCUAAAUGCAUACUUAAAUGUUUUCCUUGGUGUCAGUGGGACUGGAUGACAGUCCAACGUGAGAUUCAGUGUGCAAGUAUAAUUUCUUGUGGCAUGACAUGUAAUUCUGCAAAAGCAAAGAAAUUGGAAAAAACCCAUCCAAGGCUAUAAUCUGCAGGGAAAGCUGAUUUAUUUCAAGGACUAUGAAUUUCAAAAUAAAGAUGGCAAAAUCAGCCUGAAAGGAAUAUAUAUAUAUAUAUAUAUAUAUAUAUAUAUAUAUAUAUAUAUAUAUAUAUAUAUAUAUAUAAAAUAUACUGUGUUUGUGCAAUUUGUACGUGUGUAAGAAUGUGUGCGUAUUACUCAGAGGAAUCCACAAAGGAAAAGUCUGCGUAAUCAGACGAAGAAAAUAAAAGGAAUAUAAAUAUGUAUAAAGGACUUUAAACUGGAAGUUCCUGCAUGCUGCCUAUAUGCUAUGAACGCUGAGCUUCUUUGUAAACUCUUUGUUACUGAAAAGGGAAUUCUGAUCCAGUGAUCAGAAACGAUCUAUAUCAAAGUCAUUUUUGUAUAAAAAAGUGUAAAGCUAUAAUUAAAAGUAUUACAGUACU